GGCGUGACCAUGGAUCGAGAUGCCGAGGCUCUUCUGUCAGUCGGAACCGGCGUUGACUACACAAAGGUUGAGCCUAUUAAUCAUCGCGAACUGCUUGCGUUCGUCAAUCAUUUUGUGACGCACACCGUUCACUUUCUCAACAAAUUCUCGUGCGUGUGUGAAGAGAAACUGUACGAGGUGUCGACCAGAAUUCAACAACUGGAAGUGACGAUGAGCUUGCUGGAAGGGAAAUUGGGAUCUGUUUCGGGGCUUGAAUCGGUGACGGCCAGUGAAUAUCGGCCACCAGAAUCAGUUGCCAAGGCCGGAGGAGAAGUAGCAAGUUCGUCAUCGGCUCCGUCGGCUUCUCCUCCUUCUGCUGCUGCUUCAGCUGUUAGAGAUAUUGAAGCAACUCCAGCUGUGGAUACUGCUGAGGUGCUCGUUGCAGCUCCAGUAGUCACGAAAACAGUGUCUCAAGACCCAAGGUACAAGAAAUACUUUGACUUAAACCGUAAGGGAGUGCCGAUAGCUGCAUUGAGACCAAAGAUGCUGUCUGAAGGGCUUAAUCCUGACUUAUUAGAAACACCAGACGCACCUGCUCCAGAGGGAGACCAGGAUGAAGACGAUAUUUUUUCUGGACAGAGUUCUGAUUCAGAGGAUGAGGAGGAAGAAGACUCAGACUUUGAUGAUUAAUUAAUUACAUUUAUGUAAACUUCCAAGCAAUUUAUUGAUACAAACUCUACUCAAAUAAUUUGCUUUUGACUACGC